AUGGCUCCUCAAAUCGCAUGGAUUGGCCUCGGCAACAUGGGCCGUAACAUGGUCGAAAAGGGCAACCUUUCCAAUCCCAUCAUCCUCUUCAACCGCACGCAAUCUCGUGCCGAUCAGCUCGCGUCGAGUCUCGGAUCUGGCAAGGCCAAGGUUGUCUCGAGCAUUGAAGAGGCUGUCCAUGCUUCAGAUAUCAUCUUUACUUGCGUGGGAGACGACAAGGCAAUCGAAGACACCAUCAACUCUGCUCUGAAGGGAAAUGUAAAGGGCAAGUUGUUUGUGGACUGCUCUACUGUCCAUCCCGACACCACAGACAAGCUCGCAAAGACCAUCAAUGACCAAGGUGCCGAGUUUGUGGCCUGCCCUGUGUUUGGUGCUCCUGCCAUGGCGGAUGCAGGUCAACUUGUUUGCGUGCUGGCUGGUCCUGCCGAUGCCGUCGAAAAAGUCAAGCCUUACACGACUGGCGUCAUGGGCCGUGCCAUUAUCGACUACUCUGGCGAACCUCAUGGCUCUGCCACGAGACUCAAGAUCAUUGGCAACACAUUCAUCCUCAACAUGGUCGAGACUCUUUCAGAAGGUCACGCUCUUGCCGAGAAGUCGGGCCUUGGUUCAGACAGACUCCAUCAGUUUGUCGAGACCAUGUUCCCUGGCCCAUACACUGCAUACAGCAACCGAUUGCGCCAGGGCGAUUACUACAAGCGUGAAGAGCCAUUGUUUGCUGUAGACCUUGCAAGAAAGGAUGCUGGACAUGCCUUGGCUCUGGCCAAGACUCAUGGUGUCAAGAUGAGAGAUGUCGAGGUUGCCGACCAGCAUCUGGCCCAGGUCCAGAAGCACAUGGGUAGCAAAGGAGACAUUGCUGGCAUCUACGGUGCCGUCAGGCAAGAGGCAGAUCUCAAAUUUGAGAACUAG